AUGAUUCCAGGGACACAAGCUGGAGGAAAGUACAAAAAGAAGCGCAAUUUGUUUACAAAACUUCAACUGAAUAUGCUCCAUCGAAGAUUCGCAGAGAAAGAGCACAUACGACAACCGGAACGGGAUAACUUCGCGCAGAUGAUAGGCCUAACAGGAGAGCAGGUCAAAAUCUGGUUCCAAAAUCAGAGAUACAAACGUAAGCAUAGAGAGUAUGGAGUGAAAGAUGCCAGCAUUACUGGCUCAUCCGGAGCAAAUACAAGUGUUUCAUCACUCUCAUCACCUUCGCCUGAUGACUCGCCUGAUGCAAAUCUUCCCAGUUUUAAAGACGCUCCUCCACCACAACAGGUGAAAUCUCUGCCUACUUGCUCCGAAACUAUCUUUGAACAUAGUUAUCCACAGUUAUACUGGAGUCAACAAGCUGCUUAUUAUCCCUCAUCCAACUUCACAAGCCAAGCCUAUCAAACCCCAGAGGAAAAACCUUCACUAUCAACCUGCGCAGAAGAUGAUUUGGAUAUGUGA